UGAAGAAUUGUUCUUUUUCUUUAGAUUCUAGAGAUUCAUGUGUGCUUCUUGGUCAUCCAGCUUAUUAUUCUAGCCACAAUGUUGUCUCUCUGUGUGAGGAGGUUUGCCUGCUCUCCUUAUCAGCAUUCUGUUGCUGAGUCUCUUAGCACUGACAAACGAAGUAUUUCAGCUGGAUCUGCUAUUGUUCCCACAAUUCCAGAAGUCGACAAGAGAAGAGAACUAAGUGAUGAAACAUCCACUUUUGCUGUUACCGAGGAUGAAAUGGCAUCAUGGGACAUGUCCGCGUGUGGUAGUAGUCAAGCCAACCAUUCCCAUCAUGGUAGAUCCUCCUCCCAAGGUAACACAGCCGCAGAGGAAACAGAAGAGCAAGAAGCAGAAAAGAAUGGUGUCGUCUGCAUCAACAGUGUACUUAAACAAACUAGUGGCAAGUAGUGACAUCUACAGGACAGCUGAAGAUCGAACUUUUUUUUCACAGUGUAGAACUUCUGGUGUCCUCUUUUCCCAUUCGCAUUUAACUCAAGAUAUAACCCCGACAGUAGAAUCAAAACAGUCUAAAUGUAACCCGGUGUGUGAAGCAGCACAAAAUGAGAAUAUAGGCUCUUUGGAAAAAAACACGAAGGUCACGAAUAAAAGUUUCCCAAGUAAACCUCUACAGAAUAUUACUAACGAGGUUGCAGCAUUUAAUGGUGCCAAAAAGAAGAAUGCAUAUGUCGAUAAAAAGAAAUUCAGCGUUAGAAACUGUUAAGAUUGAAGAAAAUAUAUUCAGUGUAGUUCUAGUCAUGACAUUUUAUUAGCAGUUGCUAUUGUUGGGCUCAUGCCAUAUUAUUUAUUUCGGUUAUCUGAUGAGAUAGAAGAGUAUCUCAAGCUUGUUUUCUUCAAUUGAUAUAAAGAAUUCUCAAAGCUUUUCCUUAUGCUUGCUGGAGAAAUACUGGCAAGACAAAAUAUUGUGAUAAAAAUAUUCUGUUCAAGAAUGGUAGGGAACAGUACCAGCAUUUUGUCAGUCUAGUAAUUGGCCUGUACCCGUGAACUGUUAUCACAUUUAUCAGGAAAUCUCUGCUCCGAAGUAGAUUUGCAUCAAAUCUGUCUUUUUUUACUUAUAAAAGUCCCACACAUUUAUCUUGUCAAUAACUGAUGAUGUAUUUUUAAAAUGUACUUUGUUAAUUUAUUACAUAUUUACAUGCUUGCUCUGUAAAUGGAGUUUAAUGACACAAAAAUAGGGUUACAAAACUAAGAACAUGCCGUCUAUUGGAGUUAAUGACAGUUCGAUUUUAUAAAUGGAAAGGCACUUGUAACAACUAAGAAUUAAAAUGAGUUUGGUAAAGAAAAAUACAACAGUUGAUCUUCAAAUUGAAUCUCACAGACUUAAACUUUAUUAAAGCUGAGUGUCUUAUUGUAAGCUAUACUGAAAAUGCGUUACAACGCGAAUUUCUUACACUGAAAACACAUGUACUACAAUACGAAGUUGGCAUACAGAAGCAAAUGUAUUACAAUGCAAAAAAAAUGCCUUUUAAAAUUUCCAUGAGUGGUGUUUAAACAAGUAAGUCACAAGUGUUUUGAGGAAACCAAAAAAGUUAUAACAUUUAUGCUCAGACGGGAAGUCCUUGUGGAUGAUGCUUGUCUCCGUGUUGACACGGAGGCUAAAAUACAUUGCCUAGAAACUGGCCACACGUAGCUCCCUCUCACACAAGCAUGCAUUCCUCCUUAGAUUAUUUUGUUCUUCGAAAGAUCCACAUAAUAUGCCAAAUGUUACGUUUAUGUAGAUUAUUUUCUGUUUGCCGGACCCACACAAUAUGCCAAAUGUUACGUUUAUGUAGAUUAUUUUCUGUUUGCCGGACCCACAAAAUAUGCCAAAUAUUUAGAGUAGGAAUUUUUUUAACUUGUUAGUAUACCACGUGUUGAUAAGAAUUGCUAAAUAAACUUCGGGUAAAUCCUGUUGUCAGUGUAAGUGUAAUUAUGUUGUUACAAGUAACAUGUUUUUAAGCCAUGGUAAAAAAUUAAAGUAAUCUUUCUAGUGCUUUCUCAUUCACAUUUUUUAACUUUGGUUUUGAAUCACAGUUGCAGUGAAAGUUUGCCGUAGUAAAUAUUCUCAGAUCAUUGAUGUUUCAUUCGGUAAGUUGUAAAGAAUGAUCCUAGACUGUUUAGCAGCUUGGUCUGUAUUAAGAUUGAUUGAAGUACACAAAUGUAUGUCAUUGUUGGAUGUUAUCUUAUUUUUUGACAGUGUUGGUCAUAAAUUUUAUCUAUAGAAAUAUGCCAUGAUGAUGGAAUGUUAUGUUUUAAUAUUUGUUUCAUUGUUUAAGAAUACAAAAUAAUAUGGAACUCAGUUAAAAUUCUUGAAUUUAUUAAUUCAUUUUUGAUGACUUAGAACUCUAGGAUAAAGUUGAUGUAGGAUUCUAUAUUGACUAAGAUGUCUUUGUUAAAUUUAAGCAAUUACAUCCUUAUUCGAGAUUUUAAUUAAGCUGAAUUUGGACCUCACUUAACCAGUAGGUUUGACUAAUCAAGACUUAGAUGUUGUGACCUCACAUUAACCAGGAGGUUUGAUUAAUUAACACCAAAACUUAGAUGUUGUGACCUCACAUUAACCAGUAGGUUUGGUAAUUAACACCAAGACUUAGAUGUUGUGACCUCACAUUAACCAGGAGGUUUGAUUAAUUAACACCAAGACUUAGAUGUUGUGACCUCACAUUAUCCAGUAGGUU